AUGCCUCUUUUCUUUUCCCUUCUCUCAUUUUUUCCUCUUCUCUUCAUUUUCUCUCUCUCUCUCUUUCUCCAUUUCUAUACUCUCUUUUUCUUGCCUGCCUACUCUCUCUUUUAUAUAUCUUUCCAGCUUGCUUCCUCCACUUGUUUUUGCGCUUUCUUCCCCCCUGUUCUGUGUAUGCUCUCUCUUCCCAACCCCCUGUUCUGUGUAUGCUCUCUCUUCCCACCCCCGUUCUGUCUAUGCUCUCUCUUCCACCCCCCAUUCUGUCUAUGCUCUCUCUUCCCCACCCCGUUCUGUCUAUGCUCUCUCCCCCCAUUCUGUCUAUGCUCUCUCCCCCCAUUCUGUCUAUGCUCUCUCCCCCCCCAUUCUGUCUAUGCUCGCUCUUCCCCCCAUUCUGUCUAUGCUCGCUCUUCCCCCCCCAUUCUGUCUAUGCUCUCUCUUCCCCCCCCCGUCUGUCUAUGCUCUCUCUUCCCCCCCGUUCUGUCUAUGCUCUCUCUUCCCCCCCGUUCUGUCUAUGCUCUCUCUCUUCCCCCCGUUCUGUCCUAUGCUCUCUCUUCCCCCCCGUUCUGCCUAUGCUCUCUCUUUUUACUCUUGCUUUCCUACCUACAUCCUUCCACUUCAUGUUUUGCUUUCUCCUUUCACUUUUUCUGUCAUAUCAGCUUCUCUUUUAUACUCUUUUUUCCUUGCUUGCCUCCUCCUUCCCACUUUCAUAUAUUUCUUGUCUUCUUUCUCCCUCUCUUUCAUACUCUCUUUUCUAUGCCUGCCUCCUUAUCCCUUCAUUUUAUUCUUUCUCUCCCUUCCCUACUUCCUUCUCCCUCCCUUUUUUCAUACCUCCCUCUUUUUCCUUUAUUCAUUCAUCCUCUACUUGUCUUCUCCCCUUUUGCCUUUUAUACUAUCAUUAUUUCCUGUCUAUGUACUUCUAAUUUCUCUUUCUUUCAUACCUAUCUCUUUUCUAUCUCUUUGUUUUCUUCUCUACUUGGUUCCUCCUCUUUGACUUUUAUACUCUCUUCCACUGUUGCCUCCUUCUCAUUCCUUUUUAGACUUUCUCUCCCCCUUCCUCUUUAG